UCCACGGCGCCGCCUGGCGCCUGCGUCGGUCGGUCGGAAGCGGAAUCGCGCGGGAAAAAUCCCCAGAUAUCCCGCCAUUUCGCAACAAUCCAUCACACCGACGCACCCAACGGCGGAUCACUCCACCCCAAGCCCAAGAACAUCCACGAACCCUAGCCAUGGCUACUGCCGCCGCCGACGAACCCACCGAGGCAAUGGAGCAGGUCGGAGAGGACCGGGAGGAGGGCGACUCGGAGGUGGAGGCGGAGGAUGAGGCGGGGGCGGGGGCUGUGGCGUCGCUGCAGCCGGCGCUGCCGAUGGGGAGAGUGAAGCGGAUCAUCCGGGUGGACCGGGACAUCAAGAAGGUGACGAACGAGGCGGCGCUACUCAUCGCCGCCGCCACCGAGCUCUUCCUCGGCGGCCUCGCCGCAGGGGCCCACACGGCUGCCGCUCGGCGCGGCCGGCGCGCGGUGCGCGCUGCGCACGUCCGGGCCGCCGCCCGCGCGCACCGCCCCACGGCAGACUUCCUCCUCGACUGCCUCCCCGCCGACGAGGAUGCGCCGCGCGCCCGCGCGCCCGCGGGAUCCGGCGGCAGUGGCAGCGGAGUCUCGAAGCCGCUGCCGCGUGGGACCCGCCGCAUCGACGCCUUCUUCCAGAAGGUUACUUAGAGGUGUCUCUCUGUGUGCACUUACAAAUUGGUGCUCUGAAUGUUUACUUCAAAACGCGAUGCGUGAUGUGAUGAAACCAUGAACUUUUGCAGUCAAAGUACGCAUUUUUCUUCAUCCGACUCGUUGCUCAUUUGUUGCAAUGAUCUAUUGUGAGCUCAUACCUUAAUUGAACUGCUUCCGCUAUGCAAAUUUGAUAGGAGUUCUUUUC